CGCGCAGGGCGGGGAUUGGCCGGCUCCCUUCCUGUGCGUUCACAACCGCGGUUCCCGGGACACCUGUUCCCUGUGCCCGGUGCGGUGCUCAGCCCCCAACUCGAGCUCUGCGGCUCGGGGAGAAAGGUCGUGAGUCCCCGGCCUCCGACGGCACCCGCGCUGAGCCUUCGCAGAGCAAGAUGAGCGCGGACGCAGCGGCCGGGGAGCCUCUGCCCCGGCUCUGCUGCCUGGAGAAGGGUCCGAACGGCUACGGCUUCCACCUGCACGGGGAGAAGGGCAAGGUGGGCCAGUUUAUCCGGCUGGUAGAACCUGGCUCGCCGGCCGAGAAGUCGGGGUUGUUGGCCGGAGACCGAUUGGUGGAGGUGAACGGAGAGAAUGUGGAAAAGGAGACACAUCAGCAGGUGGUGAGCCGCAUCCGCGCGGCGCUGAACGCCGUGCGCCUGCUGGUGGUCGACCCGGAGACCGACGAGCGUCUCAAGAAGCUGGGCGUCCCGAUCCGGGAAGAGCUGCUGCGCCCCCAGGAGAAGUCAGAACAAGCCGAGUCGCCAGCGGCCGCCGACACUCAGGAGGCGGGGGACCAGAAUGAGGCCGAAAAGAGCCACUUGCGCGAGCUCCGGCCCCGGCUCUGCACCAUGAAGAAAGGCCCCAAUGGCUAUGGCUUCAACCUGCACAGCGACAAGUCUAAGCCAGGCCAGUUUAUCCGAGCAGUGGACCCAGACUCACCAGCAGAGGCGUCUGGACUCCGGGCCCAGGACCGCAUUGUGGAGGUCAAUGGUGUCUGCAUGGAGGGCAAGCAGCACGGGGACGUGGUGUCCGCCAUCAAGGCUGGAGGUGAAGAGGCCAAGCUCCUGGUGGUAGACAAGGAAACAGAUGAGUUCUUCAAGAAGUGCAAAGUGAUCCCGUCUGAGGAGCACCUGGAUGGCCCUUUGCCUGAGCCCUUCAGCAAUGGAGAGAUACAGAAGGAGAGCAGCCGUGAAGCCCUGGUGGAACCAGCUUCAGAGAGCCCCAGGCCAGCCCUGGCAAGAUCUGCCUCCAGCGAUACCAGUGAGGAGCUAAAUUCCCAAGACAGCCCCAAGAGACAAGUUUCCACAGAACCCUCAUCUACCUCCUCCUCCUCUGACCCCAUCUUGGACCUCAACAUCUCCCUGGCUGUGGCUAAAGAGAGGGCCCACCAGAAGCGCAGUAGCAAGAGGGCCCCGCAGAUGGACUGGAGCAAGAAAAAUGAACUCUUCAGCAACCUCUGAGCAUCCCACCUCCGCUGGCUUAUGCUGGAGGGUGGGGCUGCCCACCCUACCUAGCUCCCCUUUUCUUCUCCCCAGGUGCCCACCAAUCAGCAUUCAAAUCAGCAUCAGCACCCACCCACUUCCCGACAAAUCUGAUUUCCCUGGAAUCCUGUCCUUCCCUCCCCUUAGGGAAGGAGAAUGUUCGUCCUGUCUCCCUACACUUCCCUGAGGGCUUCUUCCUACCAAAGUGUUCCCUCACCAGUCUGCCUAGAGCAUCACUGGGACGCGCACUAAGCAAGGACCUUUGGACCAGACAAGAAGUCUUCCCUCAACUACGUGUGAUGACCAAGUCCAAGGUUGACCAGGGACUGUCUACAGCAGCCACAGCCACUGUGCACAAUGGACAGGGUGCCCAGGUCCUCAGAGCUUUGGCUUGGCAUCUUUGGCUCAUUUGAUUUUUUUUUUUUUAUUUUAUUUUUUUUUAAGGAGUGUAGUAUUGAGAUUUUAGAGUUCUUGUUUUCAUGAUUCUUGUGAUUUUCCUGGUUGUUGUACCCAGGGCACGGCAAUGGCCUCAUCCUUAAAAUGUUAUUUCUACUAUCACCCUGAGAGACCUGGGCAGCCAGGCUUUCCCCAGGCUGCCCGUCCUGAGCCAGGUGCCACCACUGUAAGGAAAUGCCUUUAGAAAUUCACUGGUUCCUUCAAAGUGCUC